AUGAAAUCCACGGUUAACUUCGACGUUACAUGCGGACGGUACAAGAGUAAUCCGCGGACGGCUAUAUUUAACACGCUUUAUAUAUUUUUUUGUAUUACAGACAAGCAGUUCAAGUUUCCCUCAUUCUACCCCACGGGAUGUCUGCUGGGUUGCGUCAACGUGGACGAUUGUCUAUCGCAGGAGGAAUACGAAAAGCGGUAUCCAGAUGGUGAGAGCGACAGCCCCUACGUGUUCAUCUGUUCAAACCCGGUCAGUUUGAGACUGCGGUUUCCUAUCAAAGGACAGCAUAAAAUUUAUCAACUGGACAAGACAAUUCAUCAGGCGGCCAUGAAGUGCAUUCAGAAAACCGCCAAGAUACAAGCGGAGGAAGCUAAUGCGGGAUAAAUUUGUAUCUUAAUACGACGAAUUCGAACCUUUAGUAACAAAACGACGUUCAUCGAUCUUAGUCUAAGUUUGAACAAGCAAGUUCUCCCAGCGAUAUUUGCCCACUAGCGGCAAUAUUUUAAUCUAUACAUGCGAUUCGCCGCAAGUUCCGCAUGUUUCUAAAUUUGCAGAAAGCCUGCCGUGAAUGGUAAUUAAAUUGCUUACGAAAGGUAACAAUCGCGGUAAGCUAACUCCUGCAAAUUUUGAAGCUUUAGGAUUGUCACUGGGGAAAACGCACACGGGAGUUUUGUGCAAUAUAUUGUUGCAAGAACUUGCUAGUGUAAAUUAUGCGCAAUACUUAACCUUUUCAUUGCUUUGCGGCUUUAAGGCCUGCUUUACAAGUUUAACGAUAAUUUUAUUUGAUAGUUAUCAUAUUAAACAACUAAUGUAGAUAGUUCUCACUUUACCAUUUAUUUGGGAACAUAGAUUAGAGGGGUUGCUUAUAUAUUUAUUUGACGAGUAGCAUUUACUUGGAAGUUGUGAAACAACCAACAAUAUGAUAAAAAAAAGACUUAAAUAUAAUAAUUUGAUAUUUUUUAUAUUGCUCAAAACAGUGCUACGUUUUGUUACUAAGGGGAGGUAUUUCGUUACGAAAUAGAAAUAAAUUAAAAUUCAAUUGUUUUGCAUUGUACGCUGAAUUUAGUCGUAAUAAUUUAUAAGUUGUAUGUUAUUUAAUAAACUUCGAUACUUA